AUGUUUUCGAUUCUCACGUGGAUCCAGGCCAUUCUGGCCAUCCUUGUACUAAAUUAUGUUGUCUCCAGCAUCAGAUUCAGCAGGAAAUACAAGCUACCUAAUGUCGUUCCUGGAUGGCCUCUAAUUGGAAACACUUUGGACGUUCCCUAUCCAGCUGGAAUGUGGGGAGUUAAGAUGGCAAAGAAAUAUGGUGAAAUGUACCUCUCACUACAUGCAUGUAACAUGGGGAGUCCUGCUGAUAAAUCCAACAGGUUUACUUUGAACAUCGGAGGACGCCGCUUAGUUUACCUCAACUCCUCCCGCGUCGUAACGGAACUUCUAGAAAAGCGAGCUAGCAUCUACUCGUCUCGGCCACAUCGUCCAAUGCUCCAAGAUAUAAUGUCUGCAGGCGCCCGUAUCGUGUUUAUGGGUUACACAGACCAGUGGCGGAGCCAACGCAAGAUUAUGCACUCCAUUCUAAACAGUACGCAAGCGGAAAAGAAGUUCGUUCCAUUUCAGGAUCUGGAGGCAAAGCAGCUAGUCUAUGAGAUAUUCAAAGAUCCAGAAAACUACCACAAAGCCGGUCAACGCUUCUCUAACUCGGUCAUUUUGAGCGUAAUUUUUGGACGGAGGGCCAGAAAGGACGAUGAGCUGUUACGUUUCAUAAUGCAGUACACGGCUACGCUCGGAGACUAUCAGUUCAAUCCAUUAAAGAGUCCAGCCGAUGUCUUCACCAAAUUGGAGUAUCUCCCAAAACCACUGCAAUGGUGGCGCCCAUUUGGAGAGUCAUUUUGCGAAAAGCACGUUGCCAUCUUUCAAAAAGAAAAUGACAAGCUCGAGGAAAAGAUACGCGCGGGCACCGCGAAGCCUUGUUUUGCUGUCGAAGUUAUUGAAGGAGCUGCGAGGAGAGAAUUCAACAUUUCCGAUAUCGAGAAAAUCUAUACCUGGACCUCUCUCAUCGAAGCUGGAAGCGACACUUCUCGUGUUGCAAUCCUGCAAAUGGUAGCGGGUGCGGCAUGCUACCCUGAGUGGGCGAAGAAGGCGCGUGAGGCUCUGGACCAAGUAUGUGGAGCAAAGGCGGAACGGAUGCCAUCUCUUGGAGAUCGAGCUCAAAUUCCUUAUAUUUCGGCUGUGGUGAAGGAGACACUACGCUGGAGACCGUUUUUGCAGAGUGGCGUGCCGCAUACCUUGACCCAGAAUGAUGAGUUUGAGGGCUAUAAGUUUCCUGCUGGGACGGAAUUUAGUUGGAAUGCAUACGCCAUUGCGUUAAAUGAGGAGGAGUACAAAGAUCCAAUGAGGUUCGACCCGGACCGCUUCAUGAACGACGACUUGAAGUCUAUCGCCAAGGGACACUGGGCUUUCGGAGCUGGUCGCCGCACAUGUGUUGGGCUGAACGUGGGUGCGAACAAUCUUUGGAUUGCUGCAGCUUGUAUUCUCUACUGCUUUGACAUCGAGCAAGAUCCUAUGAAGGAUCAUCCGAUCGAUCAGCUGAACACACUUUGGGAAGAGCCUUUACAUGCUCCUUUCCAUGUGAAGCUUUCGCCGCGAAGCCAAGCCCAUAUCGAGCUUAUUGAGAGCAGUGGUGCUUUCGCUCUUUCAGCGGACUAUUAG